GAAACCCCGUGGAACAAACUUUUCCUUUAAUGGAUGACAGUUUUUCAGAAACAUGACAGGAGACAGCGACUACAGCAAGUACGACUCGGCACGACUGCGGGCGGAACUUGAACAAGAGAGAGAAAUGAAAGAAAUGCUUGAAGAGUCAGUCUCUGAUCUGCGGAGCACCAUGUGUGAACUGCAAGAAAGACUGCACAGUGUUGAUGGGGAAGGAAAUGAGUGGAAGACAAGGUAUGAAACACAGAUAGAGCUAAAUGGACAGUUGGAAAGACAGACGUCACUCAUUCACGAGAGACUGGAGGACCUACGAGGAAACCCCAUGGAUCGACUGGCCUCCAUCCGAUCUUAUGACGACAUGCCAGUAGAGACACUGAGACAGCGCCUGAAGAUCCUGACUGAGGAGAAGUCGGGCCUCCAGAGUCAGCUGAUGGACUGUCAUCUCAGAAUCGAACAGGAGGGAAAGGCAUUUCAUAAAACCAAUGAUGAGAGGCGGGCAUACCUUUCAGAAAUCGCUAAGCUGUCCUCCACGCUGGAAGGCCAAAGAAGACAGUACUCCACCCAGCCACAGAGGGCACCAGAGAGCAAACAGAGGAGAGGGAAGCAGGCCAGCAGGAAGGCAGAGGCUGACUCCAACAAAGGCAAAGAGAGAGAAGAAGAUGGAGGAGGACUGCGUGAGAGAGGAGGAGGUGGUGGUGGUGGUGGAGCAACAGCAGAAAGAAGAGAAGAGAACAAAUCUCAAAGGGGAAGCAGGUUACCCACCCUAAAGUACUACUUGAAACACAAUCCCUAAUUCCUUGUGUUAUAUCCCUUUUAAUGCUGGAAUGAUUGCAGCAGAAACUUGCCAAUUGUUUUUUUUGUUUUUCAGUAAAAGAAUUUACUACUAUUUACUUUGUCUUUCAGCUUCCUGUGGCUUUGCUCACAUUUCCCAAAGGCUUGAAACAAUGCGGUUCCUAUGUCGGUUAUCUAUGCGCGUGCCACAGUCAGUAUUGUAACUCAGUGUUUAUUUUACAAUGAAUGGGAAAUACAGUUUUACAUUUAUAAUGAAGUUUGGCAUUAUUAUUUCCUUAC